GCCAUUGAGAACGAACCACCCAUGACUUUACACGCCCAUGUAAACUUCUGCUGCUUCAGGAUAUCAACCAAGAAGUGUUAUAUAUCUGUGAGCAGCGUAGGUUUAACUUCACCUGAUGCAGCGUGUAUAUGUGCGCAUAUAAAGAGUGACAAACUAUGGCGUCAAAGUCUGUUUACUCGCUGCACAGAAAUCCCAUGCUGAAGAAAAGAGAUGACUUUGAGGACCUCUUGGAGGAGAGGAGGAGCUCCAGCGACCUGCGAUACGCUCUCAGGUGUUACACACCUGUCCUGUACAAAGGAGUGACUCCAAGCAAAGCCAGCAUGCUGAAGAGCAUGGUGCUCCAGUCCGAUCAGCUGCACUUUGUCAUGAAACAGGUUUCCACGGAGACGGGCAAGGCUGUCGAUGACAUCCAGGAGGAGGCGUCGGCCAUCUUGGAGGAGAUGGGUCAUCGCCUGCAGCUCAGCACCGUUCGCUUCUUCGCCUAUACACUCACCAAAGUCUUCAAAACCCUGUUCAGGAGCAUCUGUGUUAAUGAGGAGGGAAUCCAGAGACUCCAACAGGCCAUUCAGGAGCACCCGGUAGUCCUGCUGCCCAGUCACCGUAGUUACAUGGACUUCCUGCUGAUGUCAUACAUCCUGUACACAUAUGACCUGGCUCUUCCUGUCAUUGCUGCUGGCAUGGAUUUCAUGGGAAUGAAGGUUGUUGGGGAGAUGCUGCGGAUGUCUGGGGCCUUCUUCAUUCGACGCUCGUUCGGUGGAGACAAGCUGUACUGGGCCGUCUUCUCAGAAUACGUCAAGACCAUUCUUAAGAACGGAUUUGCCCCCAUUGAAUUUUUCUUAGAAGGGACCAGAAGCCGAACAGCCAAGUCUUUGACUCCAAAGUUAGGUCUGCUGAAUAUAGUGAUGGAUCCCUUCUUUAAAGGGGAAGUGUUUGACGUUAACUUGGUCCCGGUCAGCAUCAGCUAUGAGAGGAUCUUGGAGGAGUCGCUUUAUGCCAGAGAGCUGCUGGGUGUGCCCAAACCCAAAGAGUCCACCUCAGGUCUUUUUAAAGCCAGAAAGGUCCUCAGUGAAGACUACGGCAGCAUCCAUAUUUACUUUGGUCAACCGGUGUCUGUCAGAAGUUUAUCUCACGGUAAAAUUGACCGUUGCCAGUUCAACCUCAUUCCAAGACACAUCCCCAAGAAACCCACUGAGGAGAUCCAAGGUUUUGUCAACGACUCGGCCUACAGGCUGGUCCGAGCCCAGGAGGAGAACAUGGUCCUGAAGCCGUGGGUUCUCCUGGCCUCGCUGCUGCUCCAGAACCACCACCAGAGCCAAGCGUUCGGGCAGAGACCGGGUCUCACGCGGGACGAGCUGACUCAACAAGCAGCGUGGCUCAGGGAUCUGUCUCGACAGUACGGAGCCUUCCUCCACUGGCCUGACCACACGUCUCCAUCCGAGGUCGUCUCCUCCAGCCUCUCCCUCCACCGAGGUCUGGUGAAGAUGUCGGAGGGAAGAGUCCAGCUGGCAGUAGAACAAGCAGGAGGACAGGUGAACCCCGGGGAGCCUCGCACAGCUGUCACCCCAGAAGAGGAGCUCCUGAACCGGGCAGUCGUCAUCCUCUCCUGCGCCUCCUACAGGAACCAAGCACUGCACGUCUUCCUCCGGCCGGCACUGCUGGCCUCAGCCCUGCACGCUGCCUCCUCCAACCACAAACAGGAAGUCUUCAACAGCUUCAGCUUCCUCCGAAACAUGUUCUCCAACGAGUUCAUCCUCUGUCCUGGAGCCACAGUGCAGGACUUUGAGGAGGCCUGUUUCCUGCUGAUGAAGACCGGAGAGCUGCAGGUCACAGAGCACGAGGUUCUGGUGACAGAAAGAGGACAGAGAACUCUGGAGUUCCUCACCAAUAUGCUCGACCCCUUCUUACAAGGAUACCAGGUGGUGUGCAGGUUCCUGUGCGAGGAGGCGAGUGCGGCGUUGACAGAGAAGCAGUUUAUUUCUGACGUGCGGAAGUUCAUCAUCAAACAUCUUCUCGCAGGUCGACUCAGAUACUCUGAGGUGUUGUCGUCUGACCUCCAGAAGAACGCUCUGGCUGCUCUGCUAAGACUUGGAGCUGUGCAGAAAAUGAAAGGAGUGCAGCAGGAAACUUUAAAAGUCAACAAGGUGAUGGUGAACUCGUUGGAGGACACUUUAGGUGGAAAACUUCCAACUCAGAAAGCCGCCGUCGCUCGCCUUUGAUUCAAAAGGAGACUGAGAAGAUCAAAUCCUCUUGUCGACAUCGAUAAUGCGAUGACGUCUCGGCUCAUAAGCGGCGCGCUGCGGCACAAGGAGGCGCCACUUUCUUUCUUUUCACAAAGAAAGUCUAGCCCGACUGCUUUUCUGUGAGAGGUGAACAAAAGCCAUCUGGAGACAGCUCGACGUCUUUUUUUUUUAUUUUCUUCCUCCUUUAAUUUCUCAAAUCACCUCCUCACCUCUCUUUUCAGAAUGCCUUAUUUUUCCCCCUCCCUAAGACUCUUCUUUUGAAAUGUCUUUUAUACGCGUACAUAAAACCAGACGAUGAGUAAGGCCUUUGAGGUUGUAAUGCUUUUAGUUUUUUUUGAAUAACUAACCAGCCUUUGCAUUCUUGUGAGGAAAAAAAGAAAGUACCAUCUCCACUCAGGAUCGUGGCCAUUUUCCAUUAAUGCAUUUGAUACAGAAUUUAUCCUCUUAUAAUCAGUGUGGCUUUGUGGGUUUUCUUGUCCUCUCUCAUCCUUUAAUCCCCCCCAUCUGUUUUAUUUUUUUUGCACUUUAUUGAGUUUAAAUGCAAUGUGGUGUGGACCUUUUAUGUGAUUAGUAUUUUGGCACAGUUUCCUCUUUUAUUCUGUCUUCUUCUUAAUAUCGUUUGAUCAAAGGUGUUAAAAUGGAGGAAGAAAAACUUGAUAUCUCUGUCGCGGGCCUCUUGCCAAAACUACGGGCGACACAGACGGAGCUUUAGGUUUGUUUCUGUUUACAAUUCUUGAUAUUUCUUGCCAGAUUUAUGUCCAGCUCCAGAUGAAAUUGCAGUAUGCUGUGUUUCCGUGAUGGUGCGGUUCAGUUUGGUACAGUUUGGAAUGGUAAAGUCCUGGCGUCAGGCUUGCGUGAACGGCACCUUUACCAGUACCAGUAACGUCGACUUCCAUGGGAUAGUUGCACCGAUUGCAAGGGAUCAGCCAGGUCUAGCUCCACCCUGACCGUACCAUUUUACUCUGGUAUGUCAAGGGGAAGGGUGCCAAAGAAUGGAACAGGUUGGGGCUGCUUAUUUUUAAUGGAACCCCAAAAAAAUACGUACCCUACUGUACCAAACCAAACCGUUCCACUCGUCGGAAACACGGCUUCAGUUACACUGAAGCACUACCAGCUACACCAAGGAAUAUGUUUCUGUUGAAUCAACGUUACUCAUAAUUAGCUUAUUUUCAUAAUCGAUUAAGCUGUCGAUUAUGUCUGAAAAUGUUGAUCGGUGUUUCCAAAUACCUGGAAAUUAUGAUGUUCUCAAAUGUGGUGGUUUUGUCCACAGCGAUUUGUUUGGAUGAUUUCUUUGUUAUACGGAAGAGCAAAGAAACCAGAAAAUAUUCACUUUUAAGAGAACUUAAAAACACUAAAACCAAUUCAUUGCUCAUCAGAUUAGUUUCGUACUCGAUUAAUAAUCGAGUAAUCGUAAGUUACCAGUUUUCGUGUUCUCGAAUCACUGAAGUUGCUUCAUAGUUACUGAGUUUCUGUUUAAAGCCACACAAUAAAACUGAAACGUUGCUUAAUACCGAAACCUUUUAUUUAUGCUCAAAGAAGCAAAAUGGGCUUCAUGUAAUUUGUUACAAGGGAAGGAAGUAAAAAAAAAAGAAGGGAGGAAGGCGAGACAGAAUAAAUGAAAACAGGAGCAGUAACUGCGGAGCGGAGACUCGGAGGAACAAUAAUAAUAAUCAUAAAAUGUCACGAAGCAGAAAACGAUAGCACGUCGGGACAUAAUGUACAAUGAGUUUGACAACUACUGAGACAAUGUGUCUCUUCUCCCCCCUCCUCCCCCCCGACUCAGGAAUAUACAGCAUUAAGAAAUUUGCAAUUUUUAAUCAAAAUGUUCAAAGUAAAACUAGAGUAGUCUUAAAAAAAAACUUAUAUUGAAGCUAUUUAUUUGGUUUGUAAGCAGUGCAGUACACGUUACUUUGAAAGUGGCUCAUAUGACUGUUCCUAAACGGGAUAAAGUCAGAGGCGUUUGUUAACUAGAAACAAAAAGGUUGGAUUUUGGUCUGUUCCAAAAUAAAUUGUUACGUCUGAAUGUUGUGGCGUACACCUUGCCGAUGCGUGUAUUUAUUUUAAAUAUCACUGAAAAAAAUUAUGUGUCAGCAAAUGCUGUGACGGUAGUUUUGAGACGCUAACGUCAACCAGAAUAAAGCCAGUGGGUUGCAGCAGAGGUCAGAUGAUGCACCGUAUAUCAUGGCAAACACAUCCAAGCAACUGUGCGAGUACAUUUUGUUAAAGAUAUGGUCUAUAUUCAAAAUCAACGUGUACAUCACAAUAAUCAUAUUGUGGAUCCUGUAUCGUGAUACGUAUUGUAUCCAGAUGUUCUCAAAUGUCGUUUUGUCCACAACCCAAAAAUAAUUAAGUUUUAACGAGCUCUUUCAAAGAAACCAGAAAAUAUUCACAUGACAAAACAAAACAGAACUGUUAUUUAUUGAGAAAUAAUCAAUUAAUUGCUGUAAUUUACCCCGAAAAGUAGUAGCGCAGCUGGUUAUAUACACACGUUAGACCUAAAGUUACAGCGAUAACCUGUGAUAACCUUUUAACAUCAGUGCCACUAUAUUAUACUCUUGAAGUAUCAUUUCUUUAGGGAUUAUAAACACAAGCCUCAAAGAAAUCUGCCAACGAAAUAAGCCAAAUUUCAUAAAUGCAGCCUUUUGAAUUUUGUCUCUACAUAAAGCA